CGGCCGGGGCUCGGGGCCGGCCAUGGCGGAGGAGCCGCCCGACAGCCUGGACGGCUGGGUGCCGCUGCGCGAGGGCCUGUUCGCCGCCCCGGCGCGCGCGCCCCGCUUCCUGGUGUCCUGGGACGCGGCGCGCGGCGGCUUCGCGGUCGCUUGUCGGGGGCGGGGGCGCGCGGGCGGCUGGUCCGGGCGGCUGUCGGCCGCGGCGCUCGGGGGCGCGGAGCGGACGCUGCGGGCGCUGUGUCCCGCGCUGGAGGCCGCCUUCCCCGCGCUGCCCGGCGCGCUGUCCGCGCUGUCCGCCGGCCCCGGGCUGUGGGCGCGGGUGCGAGGGCGCGGGGGCCCCGGGGACGCGGCGGACGAGCUGUGCGCCGAGCUCGAGCGCUUCCUGCGCCGGGCGGCCGAGGGCUGCGGUGGCGCGGCCGUGCGCUACGCGCUCUUCCCGAGCGGCCCCGACUCGGACCCGGACCCGGACGCGGAGAAGGAGCAGGAGUCGGACUCCGAGAGCCCGCGCGCCUUCCAGGAGCGCACCCUGCGGGCUCGGCGGGACCAGGCGGGCGCGCACCUGCGCCAGCUCCUCCAGGGCCACCAGGAGGCUGGCACGCUGGUGGCGCUGAUGCAGCUCUACCACGAGGAAGACGAAGCCUUCCAAGAGCUGGUGACCAGGGCCACUGCCUUCUCCCAGCACCUGCUGCAGCCCUUCAGAAACAGGCGCGAAGUCGCGACUUCACGGAAGCUCGCUGCCUUGAAGAUCUUGGAGGAGGAGGAAGACCUGGGCCCUAAAAGGGUGGCCGCCCUGCAAAGGGAAGCUGAGGGGUGGGCCCGGCAGGCCCAGGAAGCCGUUGUUUCCAUCCAGGACCUCACGAUGGAGUACUUCACAGAAACUGUCAAAGCCCUGGCAGGGAUGCAGAAGCAGAUGGAACAGGACGAGAAGAGGUUUGGCCAGGCGGCCUGGGCCGCUGCGAUUCCCAGGCUGGAGAAGCUCAGGAGGAAGUUCGCGCAAGAGACACUGCAGCUCUCAAGGGCCAAGGAGCUGUGUCUGCACCACAAGAGAGCUGAGAUCCGAGGGAAGAUGGAAGAUCUUUCAGAGCAAGAGAAAAACAUAGAUGUUGUGGAUAAACUGGAAAUCCAGUAUUAUGAAGUUCAGCUAGAACUAUAUGAGGUUAAGCUUGAGAUACUAAAAUAUGAAGAGCUACUCCUUAUAAUACAGUUGGACUCAACUAAAAGACAGAUUAAAGAUAAGCAGGAGGAGGUCAUCUACCACGACGCCUGUGAGAGCAUGGAGGAGCUGUCCAUGGUGCGGGGGCUGCAGGACGCCAGGUGCCAGGAGGUGGAGGCCCUCAGGCUGCAGUGCCGGCAGCUGGAGACCCGGAGGGGCAGGAUCUGCGCCAGGCGGGCCCAGCUCAGGGGCAGGAAGGACCAGUGCCGCAAGAACCACCAGCUCAGACUGCAGCAGGCCAGAGCCAGCACUCAGCACUCCCAGCAGCACCACAGCAUUCAGAUGAAAAGAGGCAAGAGAAAAGAAGAGGAGCAGAAGAAAAAGGAAUGGAUUGACCAGGAGCGCCAGAAAACGCUCCAGCGGCUGAGAGCUUUUAAAGAGAAACACGCGGCUCAGCCUGUGCCCAAGACCUCCUCCGCAGGACGGGGGGCCGCAGCCUCACUCGCACCUCCGCACACAGCAUCUGUCUGUCCGUCCAUCGAGGAGGCCGAGGAUGCUCCCACAGUCCAGGAUCCGGAUACACAAAGCCCCACGUGCCCAGGCUGUCCUGCAAGUGUCCACGUUUCUGGGCCUGUUGGUGACCAGACACUGUCCAAGUUCUGUGAGGUGGUGACACCACCAGACCUUCCUCCUGCUCCUGCUCCCACUCCCUCACCAUCACUGCCACCACCACCUCCACCUCCGCUGCCUCCACCGCCACCUCCACCACCACCACCUCCACCUCUGUCACCGUCCUUCUGGGCACGUGGAGGCAUGCACAGCAGAACGUCGGGGGAGGAUGAGCCGCUCCCCCUGGUGUGCGAGUCCCCUGCUGAAGCUGAAGCAGCACCUGCUCCCUUGGUCGAGGACACAGGCCCAGGUAACCCCCGGAUCCCGCCCUGCUCCCGGACAUUGGGCUGUCCCUGCUGGCACUGGUGGGCGGUGUCUCCCGGCCCCCGUUUCACCCCAGUGCCACAUCAGAAAGUCGAAUCCGCUGGCCUGGGUCCACAUGGUGGCUGGUGGGGGGCCACGGUGCUCUGGGGCCAAUGGCUGUGUCACCUGGCAGACACUGGCUCCCCUGGGGCAUCUCGCAGGGCUUGGGGAAGGGACCGUUGUCCUCACAACUCCUCUGACUGCCUUUCAGGGUCAAUGGAUGAAGUGUUGGCCUCCUUGAGGAGCAGGACCCCUUUCCAGAAGCGGGGUACACCCACUCCCCGCACCGCAGUCAACAACAACACCCUGGCUGCCAUCCGGCAGGGGGUGACACUGAAGAAAGUCUCCGUGGACCAGGCCGAGCGUCUCCGCAGGAUCCCAGCUGACGACCUGGAGAGGACCAUCCGUGAGGCGAUCCAGAGAAUCAAGAGUGUGUCGGCUGACUCCGAGGAGGAGGAGGAGGAGGAGGAGGAGGAGGAGGAAGAGGAUGAGCAGGCCCAGGGCGCGUGGGACCACUAGGUGCUACCUAGUUCUCCCUGCGGGCGGCCAUGCACCACCACACCACGAGGCGGCAGGGACCUCUUCUCAGGACGUGGGUGUGGCUGGGACGCCCCAGGCAGCUGUCACCUGAACAUCAGGGAGGGAGGCUGCAGCUUUUCUUCCCCACGCCCGCACUCUGGAAGAGCCGGGCCUGCGUGUGGAGAAGAGGGCUCUUCAGAGUUACAGGUGUGAAUGUGAACGUGACUUUGUCAGUCACCGCGUGGAGGGUUCACGCUCAGGAAGUAAUUACUUAAAUGAAAGGUGUGUUCUGGAGCGAGCACUAUGUAAACUCUAACAAUAAAGAGCUGUUGGUGGUU